GGCGCGGGUUGGCGGCGGCGGCGGGGGCGCGGCCGGCGGGUGCGCCAUGGUGCGGCCGUGAGCGGAGCAUGGGGCGGCGGCUCCUCCGGGCACUCUUCUGCCUUCUCCUCCUGGCCGGCCGAGGGCUACUGUGGGACGGCGGCGCCUCCGCUACCGCCGCGCACGGCUGCCUGUUUGACCGGAGGCUGUGCUCCCCCCAGGAGGUGUGCGUGCAGGAUGGGCUGUUUGGGCAGUGCCAGGUGGGCUCUGUGCAGGACAGACCCUACUUUCAAGUCACCUCUCCUGUGCUCCAGCGCCUUCAGGAUGUCUUGCGGCAUCUCAUGGCACAAGGGCUCUCCUGGCAGGAUGGCAUCACCCAGUACGUGAUCUCGCAGGAGAUGGAGCGCAUUCCCCGCAUCCGCCUGCCGCCCUCACUGGAGCCAGCGGCCAGGGACAGGUUCCUGCCCCUCCGUGGCUCCCCCCGGCGAGCUCAGCUCCCCGCGGACCCGGGCCUGCCCACAGCUCAGCAUCUGGGGCAGCCCCCGCCGCUGCUGCCAUCCCCUCUGCUGCAGCGCUACCUGGAGCACCUCCUGCUGCCCUCCCUGCCCCAGCUGGGAUAUGAGGAGGCUCUGCUCAACCCCUACUCCUACCAUAAGUUCAGCUACCAGGACAGCGCUCACCAGCUCCCUGGCGGCUCGGCCAGGCAGAGCCCCGAGACCUCCUCGCUGCUGGGCCGGGUCCCUGCCCAGGCUCUUUUUGGGGCCGGCCCUGUGCCAUCCUAUGGUGGGCAGCCAGGAAUGGACGGGGGGCAUCUCUUCCAGGACUUGGGUAUGCUUUCCCUGCCCAGAGAGAAAGCGGGCCGCCCCGACCCUCCCAGCGCCAGGUUCCAGCACAGCUUACGGCUCCCCAGUGACUACAGGGACAUGGAAGAGAAGGAGCAGCCAGCGCCCCUGGCUUCCCAGCCACCCCCUGCACAGACAGAUGCUGCCCUGAAGAGACUGGCCUCUCUCCUGGCCAGCUAUGGCCUGGGGCUGCCGGAGCUGAGCCCUCAGCAGCUGAGCAGCCUCUCCACCCUCCUCCAGCUGCUCCAGAGCUCUGGUCUUGCUGGACCUGAAAUGCCCACAGUGAAACGGGUGGGUUUGCAGCAGAGUGGUGCUGGAGGAGGUGCCACAACACAGGUGAUGGAGAGGGGCAUGCAGCACGGAGAGCAGCCAGUGCCCCCUUCCUCCACAGUACCAGCCCCCAAAAUCCCAACCAGCAGCACCCCAGGGGAUGGGCUGAGGGACAGAGCAGUGUCCUCACCAGCCCCUCAGGCUGAGCCGCAGCAGGGACCCAGUGAGCAGGUGCUUAGCCCCGGGAAGCCAAUCGUGGUGGAGAAGAAGAGCUAUACACAGGCGAAGGAUGGUGGGGUGCAGCGGGGCACACGACCACCGGAUGAGUAUGGCUACAUCAUCACAGACCAGAAGCCCCUGGGGCUGGCUGCAGGUGUGCGGCUGCUGGAGCUCCUGGCCAAGCACCUCCACCUCUCCACGGCCAGCUUCAUCAACAUCAGUGUUGUGGGUCCUGCUCUCACCUUCCGCAUCCAGCAGAACCCCCAGAACCUCUCACUGUCAGAUGUGGCCACACAGGCUGAGCAAGCGAAGGCAGAGCUGGAGGCUGAGCUGGGCCUGAAGGUGGUGCAAACAGGAGUGGGAGAGCGCAACGAGGCCGCUGCCUACUCACGCCCAUCCCGCUUUGGGGAUGGCUUCCAUACGGUGCUGCUGACCUUCAUUGUGCUGGCCUGCGUGGCGGGCAUUGCCAUCGCAGCCUCUGCAGCCUUCUGCCUCCGGCGCCAUGCCAAGCAGCGGGAGAAGGACCGCCUGGCUGCCCUGGGGCCUGAGGGUGCUGCUGACACCACCCUGGAAUACCAGGAGCUGUGCCGCCAGCACAUGGCUGCCAAGUCUCUCUUUGGCCGCACUGAGGCAUCAGCAGCACCAGCAGAGACCUCGCGAGUCAGCAGCGUCUCAUCCCAGUUCAGCGAUGCCCCACAGCCCAGCCCCAGCUCCCACAGCAGCACACCCUCUUGGUGCGAGGAGCCCGUCCAGUCCAACAUGGACAUCUCCACUGGACACAUGAUCCUGGCAUACAUGGAGGACCAUCUCCGCAACCGGGACCGGCUGGCCAAGGAGUGGCAAGCUCUCUGUGCCUACCAGGCUGAGCCCAGCAUCUGCUCCAUUGCCCAGAGUGAAGCCAACCUGAAGAAGAACCGCAACCCUGACUAUGUGCCCUAUGACCAUUUGCGGAUCAAGCUGAAAGCUGAGAGCAACCCAUCCCGCAGUGACUUCAUUAAUGCCAGUCCGAUUAUUGAGCACGACCCACGGAUGCCAGCAUACAUCGCUACGCAGGGGCCACUGUCCCACACUAUCGCUGACUUCUGGCAGAUGGUGUGGGAACACGGCUGCACCGUCAUUGUCAUGCUGAGCCCGCUGGCCGAGGACAGUAUCAAGCAGUGUGACCGCUACUGGCCAGAUGAAGGCUCCUCUCUCUACCACAUCUACGAGGUGAACCUGGUGUCGGAGCACAUCUGGUGCGAGGACUUUCUGGUGCGCAGCUUCUACCUGAAGAACGUGCAGUCGCAAGAGACCCGCACCCUGACACAGUUCCACUUCCUCAGUUGGCCGGCCGAGGGCAUCCCCGCCACCACCCGGCCCCUCCUGGACUUCCGCAGGAAGGUGAACAAGUGCUACCGAGGUCGCUCCUGCCCUAUUAUUGUGCAUUGCAGUGAUGGUGCAGGCAGGACUGGGACGUACAUCCUCGUUGACAUGGUCCUAAACCGAAUGGCCAAGGGGGUGAAGGAGAUAGACAUAGCUGCUACGCUGGAGCACAUCCGAGACCAGCGACCUGGCAUGGUGCAGACCAAGGACCAGUUUGAGUUCGCACUGACGGCUGUGGCUGAGGAAGUGAAUGCCAUCCUGAAGGCACUGCCGCAGUGAGGGCAAGGAGCCCUUCCCUCUUGUCUUCCCCCUUGCCCCCCCCCCCCCAGCUUUGCGUACUCUCCUUGCCCUGCCUGUGGGGCCGCUCUCCCUGUAAAAUGCUGUCUGUGCUGCUGGCUCUGUUCUCCCCCUCAGACCCUCCCUUCCUCUCUCCCCGGGCAUGCAGGGCUCAGCCCCUCUGUGCACAGGGCACCAAAACCAACACAUCUGCUGCCACCACUAAAGGGACAGGGUUUGUUUCUCCUAGUCCCUGCACAGGAGAGGUCCAGCUGAUGGUGCUGGGAGUUGGCUGUACGCCCCU